GCCAUGCCACCCCGAUUAGAAGGUUGGAGGGGGCUGAGCUGGCUUCACCUGUCCUUGUCUCUGAUUGGGUCUUGGGGUACCCUCAGCUCUCAAAUCCCACUAAGCAGCCCCACCAGGCCCUGCACAGGUCUGGGGCAAGCCAGUUGCCUGCCAGGCAUCUUGGGGGCCAGCAGAGGUGUCUGGGGGAGGCCGGAGGCUGCUCACCCUGUCCUCCUGCCUGCUGCUGUUACCAUGGGGGCCGGGGCCAGUGCCGAAGAGAAGCACUCCAGGGAGCUGGAAAAGAAGCUGAAAGAAGACGCUGAGAAGGAUGCUCGAACAGUGAAGCUACUGCUGCUGGGUGCUGGUGAAUCUGGGAAGAGCACCAUUGUCAAGCAGAUGAAAAUUAUCCACCAGGACGGGUACUCCCUGGAAGAGUGUCUCGAGUUCAUUGCCAUCAUCUAUGGCAACACACUGCAAUCCAUUCUGGCUAUUGUACGCGCCAUGACCACACUCAACAUCCAGUAUGGAGACUCAGCUCGCCAGGACGACGCACGGAAGUUGAUGCACAUGGCCGAUACUAUCGAGGAGGGCACGAUGCCCAAGGAGAUGUCAGACAUCAUCCAGCGUCUGUGGAAGGACUCGGGCAUCCAGGCCUGCUUCGAUCGUGCCUCCGAGUACCAGCUCAACGACUCGGCUGGCUACUACCUCUCAGACCUGGAGCGCCUGGUGACCCCGGGCUAUGUCCCCACCGAGCAGGACGUACUGCGUUCCCGUGUGAAGACCACCGGCAUCAUUGAGACACAGUUCUCCUUCAAGGACCUCCAUUUCAGGAUGUUUGACGUCGGAGGGCAGCGCUCUGAACGCAAGAAGUGGAUCCACUGCUUCGAAGGUGUGACGUGCAUCAUUUUUAUCGCGGCCCUGAGCGCCUACGACAUGGUGUUGGUGGAGGAUGAUGAAGUGAAUCGCAUGCACGAGAGCCUGCACCUGUUCAACAGCAUCUGCAACCACCGCUACUUCGCCACCACAUCCAUCGUGCUCUUCCUCAACAAGAAGGACGUCUUCUCUGAGAAGAUCAAAAAGGCCCACCUUAGCAUCUGCUUCCCCGAUUAUGACGGACCGAAUACCUACGAGGAUGCUGGCAACUACAUCAAGGUGCAGUUCCUCGAGCUCAACAUGCGGCGUGACGUGAAGGAGAUCUACUCGCACAUGACCUGCGCCACCGACACGCAGAACGUCAAGUUUGUCUUUGACGCUGUCACCGACAUUAUCAUCAAGGAGAACCUCAAAGACUGCGGUCUCUUUUGAGGUGGGGGUCCUGGCCGGCCAGAUAUUCCCUUCUCUCCCUCCUUAACUCAAUACCCCAAUCCCGCCUUCAACUCUUUACCUGCCCCCACCUGCUUUUCUUCUUCUUCUUUUUUUUUUUGGUCUGAGACCAGGAUUUGCAAACUUGGUAUCUGAUGCUUUGGGUCCUUGGCUAGUGCUCUCAUCCCCGUCUCUACCGAAGCCCCCUGGGGCCCUAAAGUAGCUUCCACCCAGUGUCACAGGCCCCACCCCCACCCCUCAUCCAGCUAAUAAGUCCCAUUCCCCUCCAAGCCCCGAGUAU